AUGUCUACUGACAGUGUACCUGAAUCAUCGUCCAGUGGAACUCCUACCCCACCAUUAUCAAAGUUAGCCACAGUGCAUUUCAAGCCCGAAGACUUUACAAGACCUUUUCACUCUAAUCUAAAACGAGCUCUUAGGAAAGAUGAACUUGGAGUUUGCAUUUGGCCAACUAUCCAUGUUGGAAAAAGAGCAGGUGAAAAUGAGCAUCAAGGUCCCCCAACAAAACAACAAAAGAGAAUGGCAACUAAUCUUCUAUUAGACCUGCUAUUGUCAUCCAGUCAACAUCAGCGUGGCCAAGGUGUCAUCAGCAACAUAUUCUUCCUUUAUAGAAUGUCAGAUCAGCCAAAGAAAGGAUUACCAAUUUGGAUUCGUCAUGCGCAGUCAUUGAGGGAGAGCCAUUGCCUGGUCAUCAGGACACCACUCUUGAUGUGAGUGUAAGCUGUUCGUUACUGUUUCUGCCAAUAAGCUGGUGAUACAUAUUUUGCACAGAUAAAUUAUUAAGAUCAGAUAUUUUUUAUAGGUGAGUUACACAGAACCAGAGACCAUUACAAGUCAGGACACCACUCUUGAUCUGAUUGUAAGUUUUUUUUUACCGUUGUUGAUGUACAUGUAUCCCUUUUUUCUGCCAAUGACUCUGUGAAAUACACUCUGUGAUACAUAUCUUGCCCAGAUAAUUCAACAGGCAUCACCAAUCAACCAAACAGAUUGCUUGGAAGGGUUCCAUUCUGUACUAAAUCUGUUUGCUCCAAAGAUGAUUGCAUAUUCUUAUGUUGGGAGGUUUUGCAGGUAGUUAUAAAUAAUACAGGUAUAUCAGAAACAGCUUUAUCUCCUUUUCUUCCCAAUAUAUUUAUUAAGUUUACUCUGGACAGUUGCCAAUAAAAAUUAAUGUUGUUAUCACGGUGCAUUCCACUAUGCAAAUAAUGGUGCCCUACUGGCUGCUAACAUUUCAAGUACAAACAUUGUGUAAUUUUUUAAAAUAUUUUCCAGGCACAUUCUAGCUGCACUUCACUUCAAUUACAAUUUACGCAGAGAGGCAAAGACGAAUCCAGAUGGAACAGAGAAAGUCAAAGUUAGCCACCCAAAAUACAAGAAUGGGAAAGCAACUGUCAGGAGUGUCAAAAUAGAACAGAAUUCUUUUGCUGUGUUCCCACUUGCAGUGUAAACAUGAUUCAUCAAAACUUUAAACCUUUCUAACUUGGAGCAACAGUAGCAACAACACCUACAUUCCACCAGAAAAAUUAGGGUUGGAGAAUAAUAACCUGUUGACAGUCGAUAUAAUUUAAAAUUUUCCAAAAUAGCUGAGAUAAUUUUAGAAACAUGUUUUGGUGCUAGUGUGAACACAGCUUUAGUCGAACUAAGAUUGCUUUGCCUAUUUCUAUUCAUUGCUGCACUUUUUAAAUAACGCAGUUUAAUUAACUACAGAAAUAUCUGGGAUAUUUCGUUUUUUUUAGUUUGUUGAGGAGCUCUAUCAGUUUUAUCUGAAAUCCAGCAAGGUGGACCUGGCUAGUGCUGUGGAUGAGCUCAAGGAGAUGACCACACAGCCAAUGGUGCCAAUGUUUGACAAACAACCUAAGGAAGGUGCUGUACAAAAGCGAAGUGAAAGGAAGAGAAUGGUCACAAAGGAGGUCCCUCAACCAAUUCUUGGUUACACAAAGAGGAGUGAAUCGAACGAAAGAGAAUACUAUUCACUGUAGUGCUUUCUAUUUCUAGGACCAAUAUGGCUACCAUUGUAUUUGUUCCUGGUUUGCAAACCAGGAAUAUUACAAUAUUAUUCUUAUUUAUUCUGUUGGCUAAUAUGAUUUGGUUUUUCUGCUCUCAGCUCAUGUAGAACGACCUGAGGGAAGAACAGGGGCCCAGACAACAGCAAGAAAGGAAAGGCGAUGCAGAACAUGCAAAGAACCACUCAAA